AUGGCUGUCGACAGUUCGUCAAUGGAGAUGGAUCGACGAUCGCAAAUUCGACUCCUUGUCAUUGGUGGCGUUCUCUCGUUUACCUCAAUUUUUCAGAUGGGCUACGCAACAGCCUACCCGAACACGUCAAUCGACACUUUCCGCGAUUUUCUUAAUGUGACUACAAAAGAAUAUGGACUUGAACUGACUGAUGCGAAAUUCUCUUGGCUUUGGUCGGCUUUACUUGACACGUGGUUUAUCGGCUUUUCAAUUGGAAGCUGCUUGUCACCGAUAAUCGCUGAUCGAAUUGGGAGAAAAAGUGGUCUCCUUGUUGGAAACAUCGCAAACACGAUCUCAGCCCUGAUCUCCUUUCUCGGAAUUCUCUUCAAUUCGAUCAUCGCUUUCACCCUUUCGCGUCUCUUUUUCUCCCUCUCGGCGGCCAUUUCAAUGAACUCUCUGAUCCUUCUACUACAGGAAAGUUCUCCAGUGUCUAUGCGUGGAUUGAUGUCAUUUUAUGCAGAAAUGGCUUUCGUUGUCACGAAUCUUGUUGGAGGAAUGGCCGGGAUGAGGAGUUUACUGGGAACGAAUUUGCAUCUGUUGACUGGAGUAGCGGUGAUUGUUUCUGCUCUUUCCGUUCUUGUCGUCAUUCCCGUGGCCGAGAGUCCGAUCUUUCUGCUGGAAAAGCGAAAUGAUCGAGAAAAAGCCGAGAAAGCCACAUACUUCUAUCAAAGAAUCAAGCCUAAUAAAGAGAAUAAAACUCAAUUAGAAGAAAGCAAUGAAAGAGAGGGAAACGGAUCGCUGAAAGAGUUGCUUUCGACGCCACAUUUGCGUAAAGGUUUCCUUCUUGGUCUUUGUGCUUUACAAAUUGCCGUCUCAAUUUGGCCAAUCGUUUUCUUUUCCACCGAAUUUUUACGAAGGACUGGCAUCGAUGGUGAGCUUUCCGAAUUGAUUUCAACAAUCAUGCUCUUUGUCAGCACUCUUUGCACCUGUGUGGGAAUGAUUUUGGUGGAGAAAAUUGCGCGUCGAACGUUGCUCAUCUCAACAGCUUGCGUCAAUCUUGGCGCAUUGUUGCUGUUCGUGAUUUCAGCUGAGUUGACGCCCAUCUACCAAUCAGCAAACAUUGGUUGUAUUGUGGCUGUGAUGAUGCACGGUGGGAGUUACAGUGUUGGCCUGGGUCCAAUUGCUUGGUUUCUCAUCUCUGAAUUGAUGCCAUUAAGGGUUCGCGCCAUCGCUCAAUCCCUUGCAUUGGCCACAAAUCAAACAAUUGCUCUUCUCUUGGUGGCAAUCACUUUACCCCUUUAUGAUCAAAUUGGUGCUUGGACGAUUCUGAUUCUUUUUGUGUUCCCAGGAGUUCUCUGCUUUUUCAUCAUUUGGCGUCAUCUUCCUGAAACGAGAGCUCGAUCAAUUGAUGAGGUUAUUCAAUCGUUGAAGGGAGCACCACGAGAUUUUGUCGCCGUUGAAUUGGCAUCACCGAGAAAACAA